CUGAUAUUUUCAGUCACUACUGUCCGUUCGUUGUCUAAAAGCAGAAUAAGUUUUUGUAAAACUAAAUAAUGGGAGUGUUUAAGUAUUUUUUAAUUGCGAUAACAAUAUUUGUAAAUAAAUCGGCAAGUGAACAGCCGGAUAUUUAUUUCGAUGACGUUAGUUUUAUGGUAGGAAUUUUUGAAAUCAAUCCUAUGAGACCAAAUCAAGUUUCGUUUGUUGGUCAAGGAGUUUUAGUUGAUUCUGAUAAAGUUAUCACAACAUCACGAAUUGUUUAUGAAGACUCAAAAUAUAGAGUACGCGCUUAUAAAUGGCCUAAAAAUAAUGAUAUUCGCAAAGAUAAAGAAAUUCCAAUUUCUGAUUACACGGAACAUGACGUAAUUGGGGUUCAAACCCAACCUGAGGUUCCAUUAUUAGUCACACUAAAUUUGGACCACGGUUUUGGUAGAAGUGUUGCGCCAAUCGAUUACAUGAAGUAUACGGAAAAUACAAUGUUCACUAACGACACUGAAUGUGUCUAUGUAAAAAUAAAAAACACAUUCUUUGGGCAAAAACUGAAAAUUAAACAACGAAAAAUAACUAUGAACCAUCCUUUGGGGUCUACCGACUGUAGUUCAACCAUUCAAAAUUUUGCUGAUAGAUUGAGUUUUUCAAAAUCUAAUUCAAAUUCAUUCUUUUGCGGCGUUGAAACUGGGAAAAAAAAAUGCAAUAGAUAUCCAGGAUCAGCUUUUGUUUGCCAAUCAAGUUCAUCAUCGAAGCCUCUUUUGACAGGGAUACAAGUCAUCAAUAGAAACUGCGAAAUAAUGUUUGAAAACCCGAAAUUUUUCAAAUAUAAUCCGAAUCGACGAAGUCACGUUGCUUAUAACGAACAAUUAAUGGAUAACUAAAUUUCCAUAAAAAUAUAAUACUUUUAGAUAUGUAUUUAAAAAAAAUAAAUAGAUGAACAACAUA